AUGGAUCUUGGGCCGGGUAUAAUCGGUCCAUAUGUAUUAAAAGGGGAAAUCGGGCAUGGGGCUUUCUCAACCGUUCGCCUCUGCCAAGAUAUGAAUACAGGAAUCUAUUUUGCUUGCAAAAUUAUCCUUCGCUCUCGUUUAUUAAUGCACAAUUUAGAUAUUCGAUUCGAAAAUGAAAUCAGAAUUAAUCAACAACUUCAUCAUCCCGGUAUUGUUUCGUUGUAUGACCUAUUAAAAGACGAAACGAAUUAUUAUAUUAUAAUGGAGUUCUGCCCUAAUGGCGAAUUAUUUAGUCAUGUCGUCGAUAAAGGCAGGCUCGACGAAAUUGAAGCCAAAAUAUUUAUAUCACAGAUUUUAUUUGCGUUGCAAUACGUUCAUUCUUUAAAUAUAUGCCACAGAGAUCUGAAACCAGAAAAUUUACUCUUAGAUCAAGGUGGGAUGGUAAAAAUUUCCGACUUUGGGUUAUCACGUUUUGUAGGAGUGAACGGAUUGGUAAAUACUCCAUGUGGAUCCCCAUGUUAUGCAUCUCCUGAAUGUGUUUCUGGUCAUCCAUACGAUGGUAGAAAAAGUGAUAUCUGGAGUUGCGGAGUUAUCGCAUAUGCCAUUCUAACCGGUCAAUUGCCUUGGACCAAGAGGAAUCAGCAGCAGCUUUUCGAACAGAUCAAACGUGGUGAAUAUACGAUACCUACAUAUCUAAGCCCUAACUGUCGCUCAUUUAUUGCGGGAUUGAUGACGGUUAAUACAGAAUACAGACUUACUAUUGAGCAGGCCCUUCACCAUCCAUGGCUAGCUGAUUGCCCAUCUCCAAAUGUAGAAAUGUACAGACCUUUAUCGAUAGAUCAGAUACCUGUUCCUCCAAGCUUACGAAAACUCGAUUUAUUCUUCGAAAAAGAGCUUCCAUUCGAUGAUUCCCUCAUAGAAGAUGAUCAUCCGAGAUCCUCGGAUAACGUUACUUCCCAAACUUUCAAUUCAAUACGACAAGCUUUAAAUUGCUUGAAGGUUAAGUCUCGUUCACCUCCUAAGCAGAUGUAUUGA